AUGGCAUCAACAGCACAACACGCAUCCAAAUUUACAAAAUAUUUAAAUUCAGAAACAGGACCAAGAACAGUUCAUUUUUGGGCACCAGUUUUUAAAUGGGCAUUAGUUAUAGCAGGUAUAAAUGAUUUACAAAGACCUGUUGAAAAAUUAAGUGGAACUCAACAAAUAGCAUUAUUUGCAACUGGUGCUAUAUGGACAAGAUGGGCUGGAUUUGUUAUUAAACCAAGAAACCCACUUUUAGCAUCUGUUAAUUUCUUUUUAGGUGCUGUUGCUGGUUAUCAAUUGAUUAGAAUUGUUAAUUAUAGACAUGAUUUAGGUGAUUCUCCUAUGCAAGUUUUUAAAUAUAUUUUGAAUGGUGAUCCUUCUAAACAAGAACAAGUUACUAAACCUGUUGCAAUUGAAGCUAAGAAAUAG